UAUUGUGAUAUUUCAUCUUAUUAUGUAGGUGACUGCUCCAGGGAUGAAUUUAGGUGCAGCUCUGGCGAAUGCAUUCCGGAGUUCCGACGAUGUGACCUACGAGUAGAUUGCGCUGAUGGAUCCGAUGAACAUAGUUGUACCUCUCCCCAACCCGCCAGUAGUAGUUUAUCGAAGGAACGAAGAGGUGGUGGUGGCGGCGUUGGUGCAGCCCCGGAUGAAGAUGACUACGACUACGAUGACGAGGAUGAGCCUUCCCGGGAGAACGUUGACAACGAGAUCAGCUUCCAGGGAUCAUCGUCGGCGAGUCAGCUACUGACGAAGAACCACACCAUCGAGGCGGAGUUGAACGAUACGGUUACGCUGCCAUGUCGGGUGCAGAAUCCGGAAGAUAACACAAUUGUAAUGUGGUACAAUACCUCUCAUCUGCUAUAUGUGAGAACCAGCAAUCACACCAAUGAUCCUCGGCUUUCUUUGGGAAAGGAUUCCUCGUUGACGAUUAAUCAUGUUAGUGCCAGUGAUGACUCCAUUUAUAAGUGUAUGGUACUACCAAUCCAGAAGUCAGCUUUCAUCACAUUGAAAGUCCGAGGUCCACCCCACAACGUUCGAAUUACGCACGGAAACACCGAUUAUACUGGCCGCGAGUUGGAGAUCCAACAGCGUGAUCGUAAGUUCAUCAUUCACUGCCGUGCUUUAGGCUAUCCGACGCCUUCGAUCACGUGGUCCUUCCGGGGUAAACAUUUGGACGAAACCUACGCCAAGCACACCGGAAUUAUGAUCCGCAAGGAAUUCCUCGAGAUCCAUGAUGUGAAAGCCCACCACGCCGGAGAUUACGAGUGCUUGGCUCAGAACGGCAUUGGAGAGCCAGUGAGUGCCGUCGUCAAUGUGCAGAUUAAAUCCAAUGCCACUAAACCCGGAUCAAAUGAAGAUGGUGGCACCACAAUGCUUCCGGAAGAUAAAGAAGCGAGCCCAUCGAUAGUGAAACACGUUGACUACCUGAACACGGCCAUCGGAGAAAACGCAGAGCUGGUAUGUCUGUACCACAGCAAUCCAGAGGCUCGCAAGGUUCAAUGGUUCCGAGGGGAUGAACUGCUGCACAACGGUGCCAAACACGGCAUCAACGAAGAUCGUCACAAUCACCACCAGCGUACGCGACUUACGGUGCGCAACGUCGAGCAAAAGGAUUUGGUUGCUUAUUUGUGUAAGAUUGAGAAUGCGAUGGGAGAAGCAUCGGCCAAGACGAUUCUUGGUUUGCUCCCCGGAGCUGCACAUCUGAUUCACUCCAACUACUCCAACGGACUGCUGCAUACGGUGUGGAGGGUGCGAAGUGCUCAACCGCUUUCUGAUCUGCAAAUCCUAUACAAGGGAGAAAAUACGAAAUACACGACGAUCGAUGCCACAAUUUCGGAGCAGAAUAAAGAAGAAUCCGGUGAUGUUUGGAACAUCAAACGAUCGAUCCGGCUACCGGAAGGUGAAUGGUUUAUCACUGCCCGAGCCAAAAACACCGAAGGUUGGUCCUACACGGAAAUCACCCCGAUGCAGUUCCAAAUCCCCAGUGAAGUCUCACUGGAAACGCAAGGCCACCGCGAAAGUGGUUCCAGUUCGGUGCAAUCGAUCAGCUUAGGACUCUGUUUGCUACUAUUCUCCCUGCUCUGUAGGUUGGUUUAGGUCCGAAUCGUGCGUUGUAGAGUAACUAUUUAAAUAGUUUUAUGUGAGAAACAAAAUCUGGUCGCUUUACCAUCCCAUCCAUUAAUUGAUUGGAUCGAUAUAUAAUACGUGUUUGGAAUGAUUGUGCCCCCUCCGCCUCCGGGUAUCAGUUGUUGACCAAAGAAGAAAAAAAAAACAAAUAAAAAAAGAAAAGGAUAGAUCUGCUAAAUCUGCGAUGAGCGUUUCAUCGCCAAUGAAAUCAGUUUAGAAUCAUUUGUCACAAAGAAGGGGGCAGAUAAUUGCUCUCAGAUUUUUUCCUGUUAUUUUGACGUCGUAUCCAAUAUGCUCCGCCAUCGUUCAGUACAGGUUCAAAUUCUUUAUUUUUAAGUCCUAUUCUCGUUCGACUGUUCGACUAUGACAUUCGCAUCGUUCAAAAUUAGUUCAUAUUUUCAAACUAAUUGAUGGAUCAGAAUUCGAAACAGAAACAGAAAACAUUACUUAGCAGAACAAUACACAGAUUAAAGGAUAAUUAGGAUUUAUUCCUAGGCGUUCCAUUCUAAAAUUCUGGUAUAUUUACGGAAGUUGCGAAUGACAUAGUCAAUUGGAGCAGUUUCUUUAUAUAAAGUCUAUCUUGGUGCUGUAAAUGGAUAUUAGAGUAAAAAAAAACAUCGUGCGUGAAAACGCAAUUUCAAACAGGUUUACAUGCUAAAUUAUUCAUACAGAUGUGACCAGAAAUUAGCAAACAAAUUCAACAAUAAACAAUCCGUUGUAAAUUAGCAUAUAUGCAAAGCAUCGAACGAGAAGAUAAACACAUGUAAAAAAAAAUGCCUAGCUGAAUCCGUUUGUCAACAGGAUUAUGCCUUGAAAACUAUCAACCGAAGCCGAAAAACCAUUUGUAGAAACGUGAUUUGUUGUGUUAGUAUAAAUGCUAUCCUAGAAUCAGAUUUAAAUAACUUGCACUCUUCAACAAGUAACCUUCUUAUGAAUUCAGAACAAAUUGGCUCAAAUGGCACGUUCCCCUUGAUAUUUGGAGAUUUGGUAUCGGUCGGGUGACGGCCAGGAUGUAGACCAUGUUCGAUGUACGUUCGACCAUGUCUGACUGGCGUUUUAGAGUGUCUAUAACAAGAUUCAGAGUGGCGAAAUGGUAGCUCGUAAGCAUCAUCUUUUCUGUUAGUUUUUCCUUCAUUUGGCUUCACCAAUAUAUGUUUCCGCUUAGUCAUUGCCUAAAAAUUGAUUAUAGAGGUUUUAACCUUGUGGUCAUUCGCAUCUCAGGUUAGAAAAACUUCCUGGCCCUAUGUAUCGGGUUGGGAAUAAAUAUGUCGUAGUGUAUCAUUGUCAAAAUCCAUCUUAUUUUCCCACAGCUCACUGGCAAUAUUGAUUCGAUUUUACACAAGUUUGACAUAACAUUGCAGCGUAACGAAAUUAGUUGGAUGAUUGUUGCUUGGCAGCUGUUGGCAAUUUGUUUUAAAGUUCAUUUCAUAACCUCACAGAAUCAUUUAACAACUAUCCUUGCUUUGUUUACAUGUUUUCAUGAAUUCUAGGAAGAACUUGUCAUUUACUAGUUCUAUAUAUCGGAAGAACUUAAAGCUUCAAUUUUAUAUAUUCUAUAAUAUAAAAUUUUUAUUUCGAAUUCAACUAAAAUUCAGUGAGAAAACUUGCAAAAUCGGAAAAAAAUAAGAAGAGUGUGCUUUUUCUCACUCAAUUCCGACAGAUUUCCAAACCAAUCAAUUAGAGGUGAACUUCAUUCGGAUUCAGAUUUCCUACUGAAAUCCAUAUGAAUUUCUGAAUAAAAUAUUUUUGCCCACUCGUAUUUGAUUCGGAUUUAAUUCCGAACAGACAAUGUGGAUGAACUUUAUUCAUAACAAGUUUUUAAGCUUUACACAAUGACAGCAACCAAGAACGGCCGUUGAAUCAAGUUCAUCUUUGACAGCUAUCGAUAGUUUGUUCACUCUGGAAUGACAGGUAACCCAAUGGAAUAAUAUGCAAAUAACACGGAACAGAACGGAAUGAAUGUGAACAAAGCAUUGAUAGCUGUUAAACGAUAAUUAGGUUUUAAAAGGUGUCACCACGAAUGAACUUGAAAUGAAUUUCAGAAAAAAAUCGAACUAUAUCUUACGAUCUACUGCUACUAUUCACAAUCACGAAGGGCAAAUUAAAUAAUUAAGUCCUUAGAAAUAGUACUGAAAAACUGUCCAGAAUAAACUCAAGUUCAUUUCAGACGUCACGGCAACAAAACUCAAUUAGGUUUUGCAAAAUGACAUUACCAAUGAACUCGUGAUGAAUAAAGUUCACUUUUUGACAAUUAGCGGUGGUUGGUUUACUUAUCUAUUAGAUUUUUUAUCGUGACGUCACAAAUGAACAAGAAUUCAUCCUUGACAGCUCAGUGGUACUGUUUACAAACAAGUUUAAACAAAAUCGAGGAACACAUCUCAAACAAUCAUCUUUACACUUCACAACUAGCCACUUUUAUAUAAUAAAUCUCUGAAACGAAUCGUUAACAAAUGUCUUGAAACUCUAUUUAGGCGAUAUGGAUCUUGAACGUUCUCAUCCGUUUGUCAACAGGCAAACAAACAAAGAAGUCCGUUUACAAACAGUACCGCUGAGUUGUCAAAAUGUGUUCAUCCGAUUGAGGUUAGCAGUGACGGUGAGAAACCUAAUUAACACAUAUUCAAAUUAGAAUGAACACAUAAACAAACCACUGAUAGCUGUCAAACGAUGUUCAUCCAGCCCAUUUUGUUUUACAAGAUGACAUCAUAAAUGAAUGUUCACUCAGUGAAUUUUGUGAGGUUAUGUCAUGUUUGUUUAAAACGUCAUCCAUGAAUAGACUCGUCAAAAGAAUCCUUCAAACACUAUCAUUAGACUGUCAAAUGAACUAAUAUGAACUACGGCAAUAAAAUAAAAAAUGUCAGUUACUAAUUCAUACAGUAAUUGGUUCGUAGGUUUGAGUUUAACACGUGGAAAAUUAGAUUUUC